AUGGCCAACAAUGCUACAAGAACCGAGCUUCUUCGAGGAGUGUGCCCGGCGCCUUUCUACGAUGCAUCACAGUUUGGAUUCGAUGGAUUUGUCGGUGGGAGAUUUUGUGCUCCGUUUAAAGACUCCGUUUGCUGCUUACCAUGUCCUCUCACAGACUUUCUUUACCCAGAGAGCUUCAACACCUCAUACCGCGUGGCUGAAGCGCUAAAUGUAGCUGGACUCAUCUGUCUGGUCAUAUUGUUGAUCACGUACCUGGUACUACCAGCUGAGAAGACUCGUCGACACUACCUCAGUUACUGUCUCAUUAUAGCCGCGAUUCUCAUGGCACUUGGUUUUGUCGUACCGUUUGGUGCUCAACCGGAGCAGUGCUACGAUGAGAUUACUCCCAACGAUAUGUACUCAAGUCUAACGUGUGCUUUCUCUGGUGCGUUCCUCAUCUCUGGAGGCAUGUCAAUGGCGGUUUGGAUCUUCAUACGUGCGCUCUCCAUGCAUCUUCAGAUCUGCUGGGAUGUCACGCCAGGAAAGAAGUUCUUUUACUGGGCACAGGGCCUGGGUUGGUCCGUUGCGGCUACUUUCUUUACCAUCACGAUCACGAUCACUGGAGUCUCCUUCAGAUUCGGAGAUGUCUGCCAUGUCAAUUCCGAGCAUUCAAUGAAGGACUUUUGGGGUCCCUUGCUGGCCAUUUCAGGCGCAGCUAUGGUCAUUCAGGUUGCUACCUUCGUAUACUGCAUCAAGGUGUACCUCCAGAACAUGUUCAGCGACGACAAGACCGAAACGCAAAGCAGUGCUGGUCUUCCCUCUUACACGACCAGCUUACGAAACCGUUCAGCACGAGCUGUUUACCGACGUGUUCGUAAAGUCCUAUACCUUCAAUGGCGUGGCAUAACGAUUGUGGUCUUCAUCCUUGUGGACGUCAUCUUCUUCUCCGUCGUGUUCAUCUGGCUGAACUCGAUAACAUCACACGCUACUGAAAACGUCGAGGAGCUCUAUCCGUAUAUCGUUUGCUUGAUGACCCACCCCACCGAUCCGGAACCCUGCUUUCCACUCGGCCAGGACAUGGCCGUCGACCAAUCUACAGUGACAGCGAUCUUGAUGAUGCUCUCGAUCGCAGGUCUUCAAGUGUUCUUCUUGCUUGGUCGCUGGAGCAUGGUAGUUGGAUGGCGAGAUUUGAUUAGGAGCAAGUUCAGCAAGAAUCGCGAAUUCGUAUCUCUGGACGCCAGGAAUCCCACGGAAGAUUUACGCCACUUCGAACUCAAGAACUUCGACGAGCCGCAAUCACCCCCCAGUGCAUACAAUACUCCGGGACUUGCUAGCUACGCCAUGGGAAACGCGCGGUCUGACACUCCUGAUCAUUUCCACAAGGAAGUACAGCGCGAAUACAAGAGUCCGACAUUGAGCUUUUCGACUCCAAGACCCCAGUCUCGGUCGGCUACCCAUGUCGACUGGGAUCCUAGGUCAUCAAUGGCAAGAGGAGGACUUGGGCUGCAUCCUCCAGACUACGACUCUAAAAUCUGA